AUGUCUCGUAACUAUCCCGAGAAGACCGAUUGGAAUGCCAGGAGAGCCCAACAGCAAGGCCGUGUGUAUGCCCUAAUGGCAGAUGAUGUUGCUAAGUCGGAUGCUUUGAUCAAAGGUAAAUGUGAAAUCAAUGAUAAAGUGUUAACUAAUUUGUAUGAUACUGGAGCCUCUCAUUCAUUUAUAGAUUAUGAUAAAGCUACUGAAUUAGGAUUAAGGGUGUCGACAUUGUCAUUUGAUCUACAUAUGCAUACCCUUGCUUCUAAAACUGUGGUGACCAAACUAGGAUGUCAAGAAGUUCCUUUUAGGGUGGAAAACCAAGAGUUUAUUCAUGAUUUUAUCUAUUUGCCAAUGACUAAGUUAGACUUGAUUUUGGGUUUGGAUUGA